ACACUAUACACUAAUGUAAUGAAUUACGGUAUAAUACUACACAAAUGUAGUUUUUCCAUUAAUAACGUUUAAAAUUCGCCACGAGCCGUCGGAACAGUCAACGCAAGUGAAAUAAUAUUACGUACAUCAAAUUCACACGAUAGGUCUGUUGAAUAGAGUAACAGAAGGGGAAAAUGUCCCUCGGUCCUUUCUUCCGACUGCCAUUUACUGACCUUACGGGCUGUAUGGUCAACCAUCAACACUAUUCACGAUGUGCCGGGUUUGAAAUGAAAAUGAUGGAUUGUUUGGAGGCUUAUGGUGUUGAGAGGGGAAAGGAGAAGUGCAAGACAUUAAUUGAAGAUUUCAAAGAGUGUGCCUUGCGAACUAAACAGAAACUCCGUAUUCGAGAAAUGAGAUUAGAGCGCCACCGACAGUACUUUGCUGGGGAACGUCCACGAGAAGAACUUUAUGCAAAACCACCAACAGAUGAUAGUUUUUAAAGAGCAAAAGUAUCAAAAAAUAGUGUUAAUUUUAAAAAAUCACUGAAAAUAAAACCAUGAUUUGUAUCUUGUAGUUGUGAAUAAUAAAAUAGGUGUUUCCAUAAGAA